AUUCUUAACAUUAUGUCUGAACGCAUCUGAGUCCAUGAUUGUAUCUGAAAAAAUUUAUGUAUUCCAGAAAAUACAAGGCAAAUGGUAAUUAAAUUAUGAGAAUGGAUUAUCGAGAUGUGGAGGAAUGCGUGGAGUGAUAAGAAUGUCCUGGAGCGACGAAUUUCGCGAGAAAGAGGACGCUCAUGCCCCUGAACAUUUUCACGAUUAUAAUGGCAGAUGCAGGCUACGAAGGCCCUCCAUUUAACGUGGAGUGGUCUGACCAGUUAAUCGGUUAUUCACCGGUACACCGCGGCAUGGAAGACAAACUCGAAAGAUCGUGCCACGGCAUCUAUUCAAGUGAUCGCACAGGAGCCGGCCACGAGGACGAGCCAAGGGUGUACAGAGGGGAAGAGAAUUUAAUGAGAUAGCGAAGAGAGAAAAAUUCUGGGCGAAGGAGGAGGGUGAGUGACAGGGUCGGAGGUCAGUAGCCGAGCAAGGAUGUACGAUGCUCCUUGUCUUCUUCCUUCCUUCCUUUCGCUCAUUCUUUUUCCCUUUUCCUGUUUCAGAGUCGUCGACAUUCCUUGCCACGUUUCUCGAUCCUUUCAGGAGACGCUCUUCAGCCACCUCGCGAGAGGAACUUCGAGUGGCCACUCGAGAACAAAAGGACCAAGGGUGAGAAAAGCUCGGGCUCGACUCGUCUCUUUGCAGAAGAGCGAGUCGUUACGUGCUUUCGAAAUUCUGCACGCGAUUUCGUCGACGAGAUUUCGAAAUCCUUGAAAAGCUUGCCACGAUAACGAAAAACCAGAAAACUCAAGGAGACUGAAGUUUAACAAGAACAAGAUGAAGUUUAAUAAGGACAAGAUGAAGUUUAACAAGGACAACAUGAAGUUUAACAAAAAGGACAACAUGAAGUUUAACAAGAAGGACAACAUGAAGUUUAACAAGAAGUACAACAUGAAGUUUAACAAGAAGUACAAAAUGAAGUUUAACAAGAAGGACAACAUGAAGUUUAACAAAAAGGACAACAUGAAGUUUAACAAGGAAGACAACAUGAAGUUUAACAAGAAGUACAACAUGAAGUUUAACAAGAAGUACAACAUGAAGUUUAACAAGAAGUACAACAUGAAGUUUAACAAGAAGGACAACAUGAAGCUUAACAAAAAGGACAACAUGAAGUUUAACAAGGAAGACAACAUGAAGUUUAACAAGAAGUACAACAUGAAGUUUAACAAGAAGUACAACAUGAAGUUUAACAAGAAGUACAACAUGAAGUUUAACAAGAAGUACAAAAUGAAGUUUAACAAGAAGGACAACAUGAAGUUUUAGUACCAAUAUAAAAUAACAGCAUUGCAAAUAGAAAGCAAUGAUUCAGUCGUAUGACACAAUUAGAUGAGAGUAACACAAAAUGGCACUCACAGGAUUUAAAGCAGAAUAAGAUCGCCACAAAAGCGAAAGAAGAAUCGAUCCUAAUUGAAUUCAUAUCCAGGCACGCAGGCAACGAGGGGUCGGUUAAAAUAUUUUCGCGUCGAGGGUCCGCGAUUCCCGCGAAAAGCACGCGUGGGUGAGAUUCCCGGCGGGAGAUAGAGCCCGGUGUACAAAGAGGGUCUGCAGAAGUUUCGAGGUAGCUGGAAGAGCGAAUGGAACGCGAGGAUCCGCGGAAUGCCGACCGUCCGGCUGGCAGUAUCCUCGUCCUAUCUUCUCGCAUUAUCCUGCCGUAUCUCAGCCCGACAGCCGAACUCCUUCGUCCUUUACCGACCGGCUUCUUUCACCCAUACCCUGAAGGGCCGUCUCCCGGCAGUUUGAAGCCGGAGAAAAUUAUUGCAUUCUAAAACGAGGGACAAUGAAAUAGUUUCGUACCCUCGAUCCCUUCAAGGUAUAAUGAAUUGCUCGAUAUCGUAAUGAUAGGAAGAGUUUAAGCACUGAGAUUAUGAAGGGGCUUUAGCCUUGAAGUUAUAGCUUUUAUAAUUUUAAUCUUAAACUCAAAGUUUCAAGGUUUUGAAAUUCUCUAACAGAUAUAUUUUUGUAGGUUUGACAAGGAUUAUGAUGGUAGGAGGAUGCUAGUUGGCCUUGAAGAAUUUGCAGAUUUGAAGAUUUGUAUAUUGUUAUAACUAACCUAUAAGUUAGUCUCUAAGUCUCUAGUCUUAAGUUGAAAGUCUCUAACAAAUAUUUUUGUAGGUUUAAAUGAGCCAAUGGAAUUUGAAAGAAGAUUGACCCGUCGCGGAACCAUAAGCUGUUCCAACCACUCGAACUGGUUGAAAUUACUUUCCGUUACACGACACGGAAAUAUGAUGGAAGCAAUGCGAGCAAGAUGACACGGUGCGGUACGAUCAGGUACGGCACGAUUCGACUGAAACCAACCCCCUACAUCUUCCCUUUCGAACCAUCCCCAACAGUUAUCUACUCGCGAAUUAACAUUAUGAAUACGAAUCGUUCAUGCAAUUUUAUCGUUAAAAACUUUGCAAACUGAAUAUUCACGCAUGUUUCAGAAUUCCAUGAAUUUUCAGGACAGAAUUUUCGCAAAUGCACAUCUCAGAAGGGCAUCAUAUUACUUUGGAUACAUCGAUCAUGUCUCGUUCGCAUCUCCAUCGAUGUCCUAAAUACAAGAAUGUGCAAAGGGAAUUUAAGGUUCGAAUAACCAGAGUAAUAAAUGAAUGUAAUUAUGUAAAAUUGGAAGCAAAGAUCAAGAAAGAAAAGAUACACGGAGGAAGAUACAAAAGUCUAAUUACCAAACGAAACAAGAAGGACAUGACAAACAAACAAAAACGAAGAAGACAAAGUAACGAAAUGAUAGUAGAAAGGAGAAGGAGAAAAGAGAGGGGUGAGCGAGUUCCAAAAACCUAAGAAGAGCAUCAUCGAUCGCAGCUGUCGCGUUCGCUCCGCACCUGCUAUUGUCCGCUCGCUUUCCAGUCCGACGACAAGUGAGAGAAAAGGAGAAAGAGAAGAGAACGACCCCUUUCCUUUCCGUAUAUGUAGCACGAAAACAUCGUGCAACGCGCGAGGUGCCGUGGCGCACGUUGCCCGCGUAAACUUCGGUCCACGUGUCGUUUCGUUUCGUUGCGUGAGGCCACCUACUCGUGUGGCUCGCUUUCGUCGAGCCUUCUCGCCUCUCUCCUUUUUCCUUUUUUGCUCCUUGUCACGCAUCUCCUUUUGCGUUAUGCAACGAUACACGCGCGACAAAUUGUUCUCCAAAAUUCGACUGUUAACAACAUUCCAAUUGCAAAGAAGAGAAGUUCUUUUUGGCAGUCAUUUGCAUCGAGCUUGGAGUUAACACAAGUGCCGCUUUGAGACUUUUUAUAAAAGGGAGUAGUAAGCCCGGAUCAAUAGAAUGAUCAGUUUGUGGCAAAAAGUAACCACCUAAGCCAAGAUAAGCCCGUCCCAGAAGACACGUCCUCGAACGACAUGAAAACCGCGAACGAAUGAGUCACUGGACUUACUUCGAUGGGGGUAGAUAUCUCGAAGGGUAAAUCGCGUACCCUUAGGAAACAACGCCAACUGUUCCCUGAAGCACUUGCGCACAUGUAACCGCGAGGGAAUUUCGAUGGACCCACGGACCCUGGGGUACUUUCUUUUUUGCACCGAGCGAAACCCCAUGAGAACCCGACCAAGUGGUGCGAUACAGACAAAACUGGGGUUCGGAUCUAUGAAAGAGUCAGAGGAAUUAACGGGGUCGAUUCGAGGGGAAACGCGUCACGAAAAGUCAUUUUCAUCGGUGUGGACCAUUUCGAAUUUGGUCCCCGUUCUCUUUUAAUCCUCUUAACUGUAUCGCGAACUGUUGUGGAGUCGGUCGUUUCUCAGCGACUUAAGCUUAAGUUUCGAGUGAGAAUUUCACAGAUGGAGGAUUUAAGGACGCACGAACGUACAUGCAAGUUCUCUUCCGUUAUGCGCAAAUGAUUUCCAGAAUCAAUAGCACGCGAUUUUACAAAUAGUUUACGUGAAUUUCACAGAUGAAGAGAUUCAGGUCUCGUUUCGCGUUUUCGAGGACAACUGUAUACACUUUAAUCUGUGCUGCAAUCUGCUCAAUAUUCCUGCCUUGAUUAUAUGCACCUGAUUUUCUGUAGCGUGCAAUAUAAACAGGAUAAAAGCUGUCCCAGUUAAUUAUCCGAGUUAAUCGCAUCAGUCGAUUGUAUAAAUUAAAUAUUACACGAGCUUAACGUUCGAAGUUCGGUGUGCAAGGGUGUUUGCAUAUUCAUCGCUUUACAUUUUUUUCCCUCUUGCAAUAAACCUCGACAUCAUUUAGUGUUAUCGAUAAACUAGUAUGUAAUCGCGUGAACAA